CUCAAGAUGGCGGUGUCCGGGACGCUGUACACGUACCCCGACAACUGGCGCUCGUUCAAGGCUCAGAUCGCGGCGCAGUACAGCGGCGCUCAGCUCCGCCUGCGCUGCUCCCCGCCGCACUUCCGCUUCGGCACCACCAACCGCAGCGCCGACUUCCUGCGCAAGUUCCCCGCUGGGAAGGUCCCGGCCUUUGAGGGUGACGACGGUUUCUGUGUGUUUGAGAGCAACGCCAUCGCCUAUUACGUGAGCAACGAGGAGCUGCGCGGGGCCACGCGGGAGGGGGCAGCCCAGGUCCUGCAAUGGGUCAACUUUGCUGACAGCGACAUCGUGCCCCCCGCCAGCACGUGGGUCUUCCCCACCCUGGGCAUCAUGCACUACAACAAGCAGGCGACGGAGCAGGCCAAGUCGGAGGUGCGCCGCGCGCUGUCGGUGUUGGACGCCCACCUGCAGAGCCGCACCUUCCUGGUGGGGGAGCGCGUCUCCCUGGCCGACAUCAGCGUCGUCUGCGCCCUCCUAUGGCUCUACAAGCAGGUUUUGGAGCCGUCGUUCCGGCAGCCCUUCGGCAACGUGACGCGGUGGUUCCUCACCUGUCUGCAUCAGCCGCAGUUCAAAGCUGUGCUGGGAGACGUCCCACUGUGCCAAAGGAUGGCUCAGUUCGAUGCCAAGAAGUUCGCUGAGAACCAACCCAAGAAGGACGGCGUGAAGAAGGAGAAGAAGGAGAAGGAAAAGGAAAAGGAGAAGGAAAAGGAGAAGGAAAAGGAGAAGGAAAAGGAGAAGGAGGCGCACGGGGCGGCCCCCGAGGAGGAGUUGGAUGAGUGCGAGCAGGCGCUGCUGGCUGAGCCCAAAGCCAAGGACCCCUUCGCUCAUCUGCCCAAGAGCCCAUUCGUGCUGGACGAAUUCAAGCGCAAAUACUCCAACGAGGACACGGCGGCGGUGGCGCUGCCGCACCUGUGGCAGCACUUUGACCCGCAGGGCUGGUCGCUGUGGUACGCCGAGUACCGCUACCCCGCCGAGCUCAGCCAGACCUUCAUGAGCUGCAACCUCAUCACCGGGAUGUUCCAGCGCCUGGACAAGCUCCGUAAGAACGCCUUUGCCAGCGUCAUCCUCUUCGGCACCAACAACGACAGCAGCAUCUCCGGGGUGUGGCUCUUCCGCGGGCAGGAGCUGGCCUUCCAGCUGUGCCCGGACUGGCAGGUGGAUUACGAGUCGUACACGUGGCGGAAGUUGGAUCCGGGCAGCGCCGAGUGCCGCACGUUGGUGACGGAGUAUUUCAGCUGGGAGGGGGAAUUCGCCCACGUGGGGAAACCCUUCAACCAGGGCAAAGUGUUCAAGUGAUGGGGAGGCAGCCGGAGGAAAAGGGGGGGGGGGGGGGGGCACCGCUUGGGGGGUGCGGAGCUGCCACGGGGAAUAAACGGACACGGAACGGC